GCGCGCACCAGGAAACCCGAGCGGUCCGCGAGAGCGGAGCCGGGCCCGACGGCGGCGGCGGGAGGCGUGCAGCCUGGCUGGUCGCGCCAUGGACGCAGGAGCAGACGCCAAAGGCGGUGGCAGCCCCGCGGUCCCUGAGGACCCCGUGCGCCCUGGGCUCCCGCAGCUCCCGCGCCGCCCGCAGCUCCUGGAGGAGGACCAACCGCCCAGCGAGGAAGCGGCCGCCGCGGACGGAGGGGACGCCGCGGCGCCAGAAGGACCCCCGGCCGUGGCCGCGGGUGAGGCCCUGCAGAUGCCCAAGGCGGCGGCAGGCGGGGUGCCCAACAUCGGCUUCGUGGGCGAGCCCCCGCCCUACGCGCCGCCAGACCCCAAGGCCGAGCACCUGCUCUACCCCCCGCCCUUCCCGCCGCCGGUGCUCUUCCCGCCGGCGCCCGCCGCCCCGGCCCUGUACCCGCCGCCCGCGCCACUCUUCCCCGCGCCUGCUGCGCAGCCGCUCUUCGCGACCUUCCCGGUGUACAACAGCCCCGUGGCGGGCGUGCCAGCCCCGGCCCCGGCGGAACACAGGCCCCUGCCCAAGGACUACAUGAUGGAAUCUGUGCUGGCGACCCUCUUCUGCUGCCUGCUCACCGGGCUCAUCGCCAUCGUCUACUCCCACGAGACCCGCGCGGCCCUGGCCCGGGGAGACCUGGCCCAGGCUCAGGAGGCUUCUCGCAAGGCCCGCUCGCUGGUGCUCUUCAGCCUGCUUUUCGGGGUCUUCGUGUCCACCAGCUGGGUCAUCUACGUGGUGGUCGCGCUCUACCUGCCCUGAGGGCUGCUGGCUCCCCGGCGACUCCAGGUCCUCGGCCAGGCUCCUUCUGUGGACGUGAAUUCCCGCCGGCGGCCGCCUGUCACCCAGACGGGACCUGGGCAGGGGGCCGGGAGACGGUGGACUCUGCGGCCCGCGGCACCCCUGUGGCCGGGCCUCAGCAUCCUGGCCCAAGGGGGCCCCAGUGCCCUGGAGGCUCCAGCUGGGGGACGGGGGCCAGCGCCCCCACAGCCUGGCCUUCGCCUGACCCCGAGGGACCAGCGCCCUCCUCUCCUCGGAGCCGCUGGCAAGGACGUUGCCACCUCUGUCCGCCUGUGCCCGCAGGGCUGAGCUGCCCGGCUCUCGCCCUCCCUGUGGGAGCUGAGAGGAGCAGCCUCCCCUCUCCUGGGUUGCCCCCACCCGACCCGGGAGGCAGCCUCUCUCUCCUGCUGACCCCUCGCCCUGAAACCAGGUCACGGCGUCCGGUCAGUGGACUCACAGCAACACGCCGGGCGGAGCGUCUCGUGGCUGCUUCGGGGGGUUGCUGGUCCUGGUCCCUUCGGGGGCUCUGGGGUUCCCCACUCCUGUCCCUCCGGGAUGCUGUUCUCUGCCCAUGCUGCCAUGGUGUCUGACUCGUGCAUGUGGGCUGGAGCAGGGCGGGAAUUUCUGUUGGGUCUUUCCUGGCCAAAGGUGACGGGAGAGCGGGGAUGUCCACCCGCAUGGAGAGGAGGAGGGGAUCCCGGCGGAGUCAUGAAGGUGGACAGCUCCGGGGGGCUCUCUGAGUGCCCACUGGGUGCUGGUCAUCAUGCUGGGACCCACCAGGACUGGGAACUGAAGCAAGAUCACAUCCCGUCUCAACCCUUGGGAUGCUUCCGGAGCCCGGGAGAUGCAGAUGCAGAAGCAAGAGAGGCAGGAUGCUGCGUGGAGCUUGAGAAGUGGCCUCGUGGUCCAGGCUGCGGGGCUGGCCCAGACUAAGGCUCUCAAACCCUUAUGCAUGAUUGUCACGAAAGAGGAGGAGGAAAUGGGAUUUAGGGGUCCAUAGACGCUGGACGGCCACAGCGACUCCUGUCACUAAACUCUUUUAAGUAAAAUCAAAAUAGAAAGAAAUCAUGUAGACCAGUGUGCUGCUAGCCUGAAAGCCUACAGGAAACACCUGGGAGCCUUGUUAAAGUGCAGAUCCUCAUUCUGUAAGUAGGGCCCGAGAUCCUGCAGUUCUCAUUUCUGCUCCUAGGUGCCACUGAAGCUGGUAAAUGGACCAACUGCAUGUGGCUAAAACCAUUAAACCAGGACCAAGCCACAGGCGCCCCCUAGAGUCUCCGUUCACCACUGUUGUGAGGUUCUAGCUAAUGAAACAGCAAAAGAUGAAAUUUGUAGUAUGAAAACUAGAAGAGAAAAAAUGAUGCUCUGGCUAGAGUAUGCAAGAGUCCGUGUAAAAUCAGAAUAAGAGGACUCAGAAAAGUGAUGAUAGUAGUCAGUAGCAGUAUUCAGUUAAAAGUGGAAAAAAUUUAAAAUUCCACUCAAUACUGUGAUUAAAAAAACAGUAAAACUUAAGCAUAAAUUUAACAGGAAGAGAGAGAACAAUUUUUUUUGGAAGGAAAGUACAGUGUUAUAAGGCGCCAUACAAGGAGUCUGGGACAGCUAGUGUUUAAAAAAAAACCCAACACCUCUGAAAAAAGCAAAGAACAAAAUAUCUGCAUAGAAAGAUGUAAUAUAUUAAAACAUCUAGCUUUCUUAAACAGACUUAAUGAAAUUCCAACAAGAAAGCCAAGCUUUUAAAACUGACAAAGAUGUUUAAAAAAUUAAUAUGGAAGGAAAAUGUGCAAAAAUGACUAAUUUUUCAGUUUAAUGAGGGAAGACUAUCUUCACCAGAUUUUGAAACUUACGAUAAAGCUACAGUAAAUGCAGGGUGCAGCAUGGCUUUGCCACAGAAUUGGAAUGGUGAAACAGAGAAGCCCAGAAAACAUUUCAAGUGUAUGUGGGACAUUAAUUUCUGGCCCAGAUAGCAUUUUAGUUGAGUGAGUCAGGGCAGACAGUAAGGAGAGCUGGCUAACUGGUUGGAAAAAAACUGAUUGUCGUCCUGUUAUAUAAAUAAAUUCCAGACGGGUUACAGAGCUAAGUAGUAUGAAAUAAAGGUGUACUAAUAUUAUAUGAGGCUUAAGGGAGUACUUUUAUAACUUCAGGGUGUUAGGCAGUGUGGAAGGGGCGGCCUCCUAGAAUCUGGAAUACUGUCGCGGAAAAGACUGGUAGCUUUGAGUUCUGUGUGUUUAGGGAAGAACUUACUUAAACCAUCGGAUGAUUUUUACUUAUCAGAUUGGAAAACGUUAGAAAGAUUCAUUCCGGGGUUGGUGAAACCUUGACCCACUCAUUUGUUGCUAGGGAGGUGUGCAUUGCUACCCUCUUUGUAGAAAAUAGACUGUGGUAUCUAUUAGUUGUAUGUGUACUAGGUAUUAAUGUGCACAUACGCGCAAAGACCGGAGUCUGGAAGGAUGUGUUCCAAACUGCUGGGAGGGACUGCACUGGGAGAGUUUGUGCAACACAUGGCUGGAUUUUAAAAUGCGGGUGUAUUCACGUGUUGUGUGAUUAAAAAGCAACUGGAAAAAC